CCUUGGCUGUUAGUCCUGAGGAAGUAGCAUUUUCUCCGCACCGCCCCAGGCAGGGCCAGGCACCAAGGCCAGCACUCUCUCCAUGCCAGGAAAACCCCCACCCUGAAGAUAUUUUAGACUCCAGUGGCGUUGUGCAGUCGGUGCUUCCGUCGGUAAACUGCAGCAGCGUCGGUCGCCAUGAACUCUGAAAUAGUCGGUUUGGAGUCGGGAGGCUCUGUCCCGUCAGGGGGCAGCCAGAAGCAGUGGCAUGCAAAAGUCACUCAGGAUCUCCGAAACCACCUUGUUCAUAAAUUAGUCCAAGCCAUAUUUCCUACUUCUGACCCUGCAGCACUGAAGGAUUGGCGUAUGGAGAAACUGGUGGCAUAUGCUCGGAAAGUGGAAGGUGAUAUGUAUGAAUCGGCAAACAGCAGGGCAGAGUACUACCACUUGCUAGCGGAGAAGAUCUAUAAGAUUCAGAAGGAGCUGGAGGAGAAACGCAGAACCAGGCUGCAGAAGCAAAACAUGAUCCCAAACGCUCCGGGCAUGCCACAGGCUCCCAUGAAUCAAGGGCCCACCAUGGGACAGCCCCAGCCAGGGAUGUCUGCAAUGCUGGAGGACUGUUUGGCAAACCUGAACCUGGAGGACCCCUGACGCUAUGGAAAUCUGCUGAUCAAGUUGCACGCAGUAGGCUUUACAAAGCACCCCACCACUGUCCCUCUGUAAUUAGGCUGUGACCCCAAUCGCUACCCAGGAUUCUCAGCCUAGUUCACACCGAUAGUGACGUUCCUUUGCAUUUAGAUUGACAGGCUGUAACCUCGUGCUAGAGCCUUUGGAUUGUCUGGAAGAGCAAUCCGCGUGUAUCUGUCACAUUGGUAAGCCUUUGGAACAAACCUCUUCCAUGCUGCCUUACUUUCACCUGCAACUGAGGCCGUACUCUGUGCACGAGAGGGGAACUGUGCCUAUGCUUCACAUGUUGUUUGGCUACACACUGCAAAGUCUCUACAGAAUAGGAACGUUUAGUACAGGCUUUUUUUCCCCUCUUUUUUCUUUUUACAAUGUCAACACAAUGAAGGUGAUAACAAAGUAAAAGGGGUAGAAUGGGAAAUAGAACUAACUCCAGGGGACUUACCUUUGUGUAAAAGAGAAUCAAUGCCAGAGACAUACGGUGAGACACUUGCUUCUUGGCUAUUCUUGACAACAAGCUGGGAAUGAGGGGUGUUGCUACCAGUUUUACUAAGACCGCAUCACUUUUCCAUGGGGAAAAAAAAGCCGAAAGGGAGAGAAGCAUUUGUACUAUGAAGAAGCCAUGCUAUAGAUGUGUAAAAAUUUUAGAACCAACUGCAUAGCACAGUAAGCACUUCAAGACCUCUUCUGCAUAGGUGGUAUUUUCUUUGUCAAAUAAAAC